AUGGCGAUGACCACCUCACUCAAUGUUUUAGUGGUCGCUGCAAUCGACUUUGGCACAACAUUUAGUGGAUAUGGGUUCGCAUUUCCGCACUCUAAGGAUAAUGAAAAAAAUGAUGACCCGAUUUAUCUCAACAAGAAUUGGGGGCAAAACCUCGGAUGUCAAUCGUAUAAAGCUCCCACUACUGUUCUCUUUGGCCCUGACAAAAAAUUCAUCGCAUUUGGAUUCGAGGCGGUGGAGAAGUACGCAACUCUGACGGAAAAUGGAGAAGACAAGUCAUACUACUUUUUCGAACACUUUAAGAUGAGACUACAUUCUAACCACUCGGAAAUCAGAAGGGACAUGCCCCUCGCGGCUAGUAACGGGAAGACUUUGCCUGCGUUGGACGUCUUCUCGAAAUCUCUGAAAUUCCUUAGCGACCACCUGAGAGAGGCGGUGAAAAUUAUACCGACCAACCCUAAGUUGAGAAAUAUCAAAACCAUUUUUCUGGUCGGGGGUUUUGCCGAUUCACCAUUGUUGUGGAAGGCAGUUGCGGCUGCUGUUUCGGACCGUGGAGUCCGUGUAUUGGUCCCUGAAGAGGCAUGUUUAGCUGUUAUCAAGGGCGCAGUUAUGUUCGGACGAAAUCCGAACGCCAUUCAGGAAAGGGUAAGCGCACGUACCUACGGUGUCAGGUCGAUGACAACUUUCAUAGAGGGGCUCCAUCCGCCUCAGAAAAAAGUCGUUGCUCACGGGACUGCACUUGCUACUGAUAUUUUCAACAAAUUUGUAGGGGUAGAUGAGUUAGUGGAAUUACAGUGCAGACGAAGCAUUGACUUUAAAGCACUAAGGGACGAUCAACGCAGUGCAACCGUCUAUCUGUUUUCUACGAGUAAAAGGGACCCACAAUUUACCACAGACCACGGUAUGAGUCUCUGUGGUCGGGUUCAAGUUGAUAUGCCCGACACACGAGGUGGAAGGGAACGUGUUAUAAGGGUAACGUUUAUUUUUGGUGGAACAGAAAUUGACGUUCAAGCGGAGGAUCUCACCUCCCACAUGCGAGCGUUCGCCACAAUCGACUUCCUCACUAAGCAUAACCCAUGACCAGCUUUG